UGCCCUGAGGUUUUUGCAGCCGGGCUGUGGGUGAGUCUCCGAGUUUGGGGUAGAGUGUGGUUGUGCCUGGGGAAGAAGGGAGGGAGGGGUGCCCUCUGCCUGCAGUCACCCCCCUCACCCCAGACCUUGGGAACAGAAAGGGUUGGUGUGCUGGCCGGCUGUUAGGGCAGAAUUUAUUCAGAACAGCUCUGGGGCCCGACUGAAAAGCUCGAAUCAGGAGUCAGGCGGUGGACUCUCUUCCCCCAGCCUCCCCUGAUCCGAGUGCCUUGUGACUGGAGGACCCUGAUGGGGGUUUUCUGGCUGUGGCGGAGGACGAAGCUCAGUGCCAUCUUCAGGGAGACCAGGGGCUGGGGGAGGGAGGGGAAGGGUCGCCGGACCUCCUGAUACAGGCCCUGGCAGGGCUCAUUCACAUCUGGAUAGGCCUGGAAUUGAGGCCCACGUCCCAGCCUCUUGGGUGGUGUUGGCACUGAAGUGCCCGGCCUGGGCAGCGCCUUCUGCCAUGAACUUUCUGAAGUCCUUUUAAAGUCCCCCCUGGAGCCUCCUUUUGCUGAGGAGGGCAGGGGCAGAGGGGUCAUGGGGACAGGAGCUGGCCAGGAAGAGGGUGUAGAGCGAAGGGUGUAGGGAGAAACAGCAAGUACAGCCAUCCUUGGGGCUGGGGCCUGGCCUGCUUCAUGCUCCAAGUCCCAGACCCACCAGAGGAUCCAGAUUUGGGGUCAGGGGCCCUGGGCCUGGGUCUGCCAGGCUGCAUGGACACAGCUCCCAGAUCGAGCCGGAGGUGCCUGGAUCUGCAUUGGAGCAGAAUAUCGGAUGUCUUGGUUUAGCGGCCUCUUGGUCCCCAAAGUGGAUGAACGGAAAACAGCCUGGGGGGAACGAAAUGGGCAGCAGCGGCCGCGCCGCGGGACCCGCACCAGUGGCUUCUGCACACCCCGCUACAUGAGCUGCCUCCAGGGUGCGCAGCCACCCAGCCCAACCCCCGCCACUGCCCCUCGGUGCCCCUGGCAGGAUGAGGCCUUCAUCCGGAGGGGGGGCCCAGGCAAGGGCCCGGAGCUGGGGCUGCGGGCAGUGGCCCUGGGCUUUGAGGACCCUGAGGGGGCCGUGGCCGUCGGGGCAGCUGAGGCGGCCCCCAGCGUGGUCAGCAGGAGCAGGCGAGCCUGCUGGCACCAGCUGGUGCAGGUGUUCAGGUCGAAGCAGUUCCGCUCGGCCAAACUGGAGCGCCUGUACCAGCGGUACUUCUUCCAGAUGAACCAGAGCAGCCUGACGCUGCUCAUGGCGGUGCUUGUGCUGCUCACGGCCGUGUUGCUGGCCUUCCACGCGGCGCCCGCCCACCCUCAGCCCGCCUAUGUGGCCCUGCUGGCCUGCGCUGCCACCCUCUUCGUGGCACUCAUGGUGGUGUGCAACCGCCACAGCUUCCGCCAGGACGCCAUGUGGGUGGUGAGCUAUGUGGUGCUGGGCAUCCUGGCGGCCGUGCAGGUCGGGGGCGCCCUGGCAGCCGACCCGCACAGCCCGUCUGCAGGCCUCUGGUGCCCUGUGUUCUUUGUCUACAUCACCUACACACUCCUCCCCAUCCGCAUGCGGGCCGCUGUCUUCAGCGGCCUGGGCCUCUCCACCCUGCACUUGAUCUUGGCCUGGCAGCUCAACCGUGGUGAUGCCUUCCUCUGGAAGCAGGGUGUAGGGACCUGGCUGGACCAAGUGUUGGGGGUGGCCAGGCGUGGUGGCACCCCAUCCCACUUCAGAAGCGUUCUUCGUGUCAGUGGAAUCGAUGACUCCCAAGCCUGGGUUCUGAGGUGGGCCUCAAGAGCAUUGCUCGGUGCCAACAUGUUGCUGUUCCUCUGCACCAAUGUCAUUGGCAUCUGCACUCACUAUCCGGCUGAGGUGUCUCAGCGCCAGGCCUUUCAAGAGACCCGCGGUUACAUCCAGGCCCGGCUGCACCUGCAGCAUGAGAACCGGCAGCAGGAGCGGCUGCUGCUGUCUGUGUUGCCCCAGCAUGUUGCCAUGGAGAUGAAAGAAGACAUCAACACAAAGAAAGAAGACAUGAUGUUUCAUAAGAUCUACAUCCAGAAGCACGACAAUGUCAGCAUCCUGUUUGCGGACAUUGAAGGCUUCACCAGUCUGGCGUCCCAGUGCACGGCGCAGGAGCUGGUCAUGACCCUGAAUGAGCUCUUUGCCCGGUUUGACAAGCUGGCUGCGGAAAAUCACUGCCUGAGGAUCAAGAUCUUAGGGGACUGUUACUACUGCGUGUCAGGGCUGCCAGAGGCCCGGGCAGACCAUGCCCACUGCUGCGUGGAGAUGGGGGUGGACAUGAUCGAGGCUAUCUCGCUGGUGCGCGAGGUGACAGGAGUGAACGUGAACAUGCGCGUGGGCAUCCAUAGCGGGCGUGUGCACUGCGGCGUCCUUGGCUUGCGGAAGUGGCAGUUUGAUGUGUGGUCCAAUGACGUGACUCUGGCCAACCACAUGGAGGCUGGGGGCCGGGCCGGCCGCAUCCACAUCACCCGGGCCACGCUGCAGUACCUGAAUGGGGACUAUGAGGUGGAGCCGGGCCGCGGCGGGGAGCGCAACGCCUACCUCAAGGAGCAGCACAUUGAGACCUUCCUCAUCCUGGGAGCCAGCCAGAAACGGAAAGAGGAGAAGGCCAUGCUGGCCAAGCUACAGCGGGCACGCGCCAACUCCAUGGAGGGGCUGAUGCCACGCUGGGUACCUGACCGUGCCUUCUCCCGGACCAAGGACUCCAAGGCUUUCCGCCAGAUGGGCAUCGAUGAUUCCAGCAAAGACAACCGGGGUGCUCAGGAUGCCCUGAACCCUGAGGAUGAGGUGGACGAGUUCCUGGGCCGGGCCAUUGACGCCCGCAGCAUCGAUCAGCUGCGCAAGGACCACGUGCGCCGGUUCCUGCUCACCUUCCAGAGAGAGGAUCUUGAAAAGAAGUACUCACGCAAGGUGGACCCCCGCUUUGGAGCCUACGUGGCCUGUGCCCUGCUGGUCUUCUGUUUCAUCUGCUUCAUCCAGCUCCUUGUCUUCCCACGCUCAGCGCUGAUGCUUGGGAUCCACGCCGGUAUCUUCGUGCUGUUACUGGUCACCGUGCUGACCUGUGCUGUGUACUCCUGUGGCUCUCUGUUCCCUGAGGCCCUGCGACGUGUGUCUCGCAGUAUCGUCCGCUCGAGGGCACAUAGCACCGCAGUUGGCAUCUUUUCUGUCCUGCUUGUGUUCACCUCCGCCGUUGCCAGCAUGUUCACGUGUAACCACACCCCCAUACGGACUUGCGCUGCCCAGAUGCUGAAUUUAACCCCUGCUGACAUUACCGCCUGCCACCUGCAGCAGCUCAAUUACUCUCUGGGCCUGGAUGCUCCCCUGUGUGAGGGCACCGCACCCACCUGCAGCUUCCCCGAGUACUUCAUUGGGAACGUGUUGCUGAGUCUCUUGGCCAGCUCUGUCUUCCUGCACAUCAGUAGUAUCGGGAAGUUGGCCAUGAUCUUUGUCCUGGGGCUCGUCUAUCUGGUGCUGCUUCUGCUGGGUCCCCCGGCCACCAUCUUUGACAACUAUGACCUCCUGCUGGGCGUCCAUGGCUUGGCUUCUUCCAACGAGACCUCUGAUGGGCUGGACUGCCCAGCGGCCGGGAGGGUGGCACUCAAAUACAUGACCCCUGUGAUUCUACUGGUGUUCGCACUGGCGCUGUACCUGCAUGCCCAGCAGGUGGAGUCCACUGCCCGCCUGGACUUCCUCUGGAAGCUGCAGGCAACAGGGGAGAAGGAGGAGAUGGAAGAGCUCCAGGCCUACAACCGGCGGCUGCUACAUAACAUUCUGCCUAAGGACGUGGCCGCCCACUUCCUGGCCCGGGAGCGCCGGAACGAUGAGCUCUACUAUCAGUCCUGUGAGUGUGUGGCUGUCAUGUUCGCCUCCAUUGCCAACUUCUCUGAGUUCUAUGUGGAGCUGGAGGCCAACAACGAGGGUGUCGAGUGCUUGCGACUGCUCAACGAGAUCAUUGCUGAUUUUGAUGAGAUCAUCAGUGAGGAGCGCUUCCGGCAGCUGGAGAAGAUCAAGACAAUUGGUAGCACCUACAUGGCUGCCUCUGGGCUGAACGCCAGCACCUAUGACCAGGUGGGCCGCUCCCACAUCACUGCCCUCGCUGACUAUGCCAUGCGGCUCAUGGAGCAGAUGAAGCACAUCAAUGAGCACUCCUUCAAUAAUUUCCAGAUGAAGAUUGGACUGAACAUGGGCCCAGUUGUGGCAGGCGUCAUUGGGGCUCGGAAACCACAGUAUGACAUCUGGGGGAACACAGUGAAUGUCUCGAGUCGAAUGGACAGCACCGGGGUCCCCGACCGAAUCCAGGUGACCACGGACCUGUACCAGGUUCUAGCGGCCAAGGGCUACCAGCUGGAGUGUCGAGGGGUGGUCAAGGUGAAGGGCAAGGGGGAGAUGACCACCUACUUCCUCAAUGGGGGCCCCAGCAGUUAGCAGGGCCCAGCUACAGAUCAACUGAAAGGACCAAGGUGGGCAUUUGGGUGGAUUCUGUGCUCGCUGGGGGAAGCUGUGGCAGGGGGCGCUGAGCCUCCAGACCCUGCUGAUCACAAAGGGAACACCCCAGCUGGCUGUGUUCAACCACGUCCUCAGGCUGGUGAACGAGGGGAUACCAAGAGGAUUAUGCAAGUGACUUUUUAAAACUAGGGUAGGGCUGCUUUCCCUCCUUUCUUCCAGCUUUUGGGAGCAGGGGAGGGGGCAGCAGCAAAGGUCGGGGGACCCUUCCUGCCUGAGAGAUUAAAAUGGCAGCUUCUCACACCUCCUCUUUCCCUGUCUGUCUGGGCAGCAGGCUCAGGGCUGGGCCCUUCCUUUCCCUUUUUCCUGGGAAUCUUUUGUACAAAGACUGGGGCAGGCUUGAAGAGUGCCUGUUCCACGCUUGCCUUUGCCGCGCCUGCAUCCCCAGCAUGGGUCCUGGGCCCUCCCCACCCUGCCGGCUCUCCCUCAGGGACACAGGGCCAAGGAGGGAGAGGCUCGGGAGACCCAGCUCUGUCCAUAUUUCAGGGGAACGUUUCCAUUUGCCAAAUCCUAGUCCCACAAUCUGUCCCCAAAGGGGAACAAAGGGACUUCUGACAGUUCAGAUUAGCCCCAGUUCCUGCACAGCUCCAGGGAGAGGGGCAUCUGGUCUCACUGGUACUGUGAAAACACCCAGCCAGGGAGCAGGCACGUGCAUGAGGAUGUUAGAAGACUGGAAGGUGGACGUUCGCCUGCAGGUGCCAAAGAGAGCAGGCAGGCCAGGGAUGGGGGUAGUGCCAGACUCCAAAGGUCAGAUCAGGCCGCUCUGCCCCUAUGCACUCUUGCUGUCUGCUGAAAGGGACAAGAGCAUCUCUACCCCUUCUAUUGCCAAAUAGAAAAGGGCCAGGGCCUGGAGGAAGACAACCCUGAUCCUAAACCUGUCCUCUCAGGCCUCUGGUGCUGGGGAGGGACUGUGUGUCUGUGUUAACUGUGUGUGCACGGUGGUCCGUGUGUGUGUGUGUGUGUGUCUGUUUUCCAGGUCUGUGUGUCCUUGCGCUCCUGCUCCUCGACUCUCCACCCUGGGUUGCCUCUUUCCUGUGGGCCUGUCUUCUGGGAAUAAGGCGGGAUGUCUGAUUUCAAGGGAUGGAGACAGAUGCCCAUUUUGCACAGGAGUGGGAUGGGGUGUGGUAACAAGAGGAGGGUGACUGGGGAGAGGAGGUCUUUUGUGCCAAAUCCCUAAUUGCCGUGGGGGGACCACAUGUGCAGCAUGACUGUCUCUCUGCUAGGGCAGGGACCCAAGCGCCUGCUGGAGCCCCCAUGAUCCUUGCACUUGAACUCUCUGGGGUUUGGUGGGCAGAGGCUCAGGAGUCCCCUGGAUUUCCCCAGGUGGUAUCCUGGGACGUGGUAAGCCUUGGGGCUGGGGUAGCAUGGGAUCCCCCGAGGACCCAGAUUCUGGUACUAGGGGCAAGGAGAGGGGAACCCGAACCUCAGCCGUCCCCAUUCUGCAGCCUGAGCCCAGCGUGCUCCAUGCUCCCCAGUCCCCAUGAAGCCUGCGAGGGCUGGCAGGAGGGUUAGGAGGGCUGGGCCUUAGAUUCCCUUCCUGUCCGCGCCUGCCUUUCACCUGCGUCCUUGCAGCCUUGCCUCUGGCCUGAAUGAGUCGGUACCUUGGUUUCUCUGCACCUGUUGAAGCUGAGGCAUUGGCCACAGUUUUGCUUGAAGAUCGCUUUGUCUCAGAGGUGUUAGAGGCAGAGGGGAGAGGGUCCCAGAGUUGCUGACUCUGGGGACUGGAAGGGGCAGAUGGUACUCUUGCCCUUCCUCAUGCCCUUUCUGACUCUAGUUCCUUGCAGAGGUUGUUUCUGGCUUGUAUUGACUGCUCUGGGGGAUCUUCAUGUAUCAACCAAGUGGGCCAUCAGUCACUUCUUUAGCCAAGGCAGGAGAAGAAAAAAGACUAGGUGGUCCAGAUGAAGUCAGCUCCCCUUCCCUCAGACACAGCCCUGGACAGGAAGGUUCUGCAUGGGGUCCUGGGGUGGGGAUGAGGCUGUGAGGAGACCAGAGAGGAAGACCACUUCACUUACAGCGGAAGUGAGUGACUUGUGUCUGCUUCUUGCCAGUGGAAGGGGCCUCUCUGCACCCUGGCUCCCCGCACCGCAGUGCCAACCAUGCAUUUCCCCUGGGCUGAUAUUGCCCCCUUCCUUGCCAGUUGGUGGGGGAGUCAGUGGAUGGGAGGCCCAUGGACUUUGGUUUUAUAAUGUAACCAGCGU